AUGCAGGCGCUGCAGGAUUACACGCGGCACGCCGCCCGGCAGGUCAAGGGCCUCCUGGACCGGAACAAUCUGCCCACGGACCUGCAGCUGCACAGGUACAUGAAGGAGCUCACCAAGGCCAUCUCCGGCCUCACGGCCGGCGCGCCCGAAGGCCUGCGGCGGGAGGUGGCCAGGCCGUUCGAGGGCCUCUGGGACUUCCACGCCAACGCCGCGCUGCCCGCGGUGCAGCUGCGGGUGGAGCACCUGGUGCACGUCCUGGGGCGGUUGGAGGCGCUGUUGCUGGCUGGCAGCGAGGUGAUGAGCGAGGUGGCCGUGCGGGAGAUCAACCAGGACGUGCGGCAUCUCAUCUCGAAAACGCCCCUGAAGCAGCCCGCGCAGCGCCCAGCCGCCCGCUGA